UCGAUGAUGUGUAUAUUUUGUACAGUUGUUUCCGACAGGGAAAAAUUCGCUCGCUGUUUAAAUAUCGUGUGUGUUUUAGAGCUUCUGCUGACAGACAGAAGUUAGACAGCCGGUCAAAUUGAACAGCUAGCUGUCCUGUGGGCUGUAAAGUUUCACGGUAACUGGGCAGGAUUUCUACGUCAGUGUUGUCAACUUCUUAUUGUUAUGGUCACUGCGUUUUCUCCUCUGUCAGCCACCCUUCAGCUUUCCAGGCCGGGGUGGAAAUAGAUAGAAACUACUUCACCACAUGAUGGAGGAUUUAACUUGGGAUCAUCAUGGCUGCUGUGACGGUGUGGCGUUUCACCAGUGGUCGCCGUGUCCUCGGAGGUUGGGGUCCGCUGCUUUGUGUCGCACUCGGCUCACUGGUGGCAGUCCUGAUGCCACUGGUCGGGGUGAAAAACCAGUGCUGUUCCUCCCUAAAGGGUAUAUCUCAGCUCCGCUGCCAUCUGUGGGGGAAUUCGGAACCGACUCCAGCUGUGCAGUCUACCAGUCUGACUGUCCCCUUCACUGCUUUGGAUCUGCUGCCUCAGAGGUCCAAGCCGAGCAAAGAGAUUGAACUAGAGGCCAAUGCAGCACUGCAGCAGGCUCUGGAGAUGAAGAAAAUUGGGAAAAGGGAAAAGGCUCACAAGCUGCUGGUGCAUGCGCUUAGUAUGAACCCAGACUUUGUGGAUGCUCUGACAGAGCUGGGGACCAUUCUAGAGGAGGAGAAAGAUGUUGUACAGGCAGACCACCUCUACACAAAGGCAUUGGCCAUCUCACCCUGUAAUGAGAGAGCUCUGGUCAGCCGAGAUCGAACUCUUCCCUUGGUGGAGGAAAUUGACCAACGUUACUUCAGCAUUAUUGAUAGUAAAGUGCGAAGGCUUAUGUCCAUUCCUAAAGGCAACUCUGCACUCCGACGGGUGAUGGAGGAAACGUACUACCACCACAUCUACCACACAGUGGCCAUUGAGGGCAACACACUCACUCUAUCUGAGAUUCGCCACAUCAUUGAGACGCGCUAUGCUGUCCCUGGAAAGAGCCUCCAGGAGCAGAACGAAGCUAUCGGUGUGGAUGCAGCCAUGAAGUAUAUUAACACCACGUUAUUGUCCAGAUCAGGUGCCAUCACUGUUAGUGACAUAUUGGAGAUUCACAGACGGGUGCUUGGUUAUGUGGACCCUGUGGAAGGUGGAAGGUUGCGCACCAGUCAGGUAUUUGUGGGCCACCACAUCCCACCCCACCCUCAGGACCUGCAGAGACACAUGCAGGAGCUUGUUCAGUGGCUCAACUCUGAUGAAGCCCUGCAGCUGCACCCUGUGGAGUAUGCAGCCCUCGCCCACUACAAACUGGUGUAUAUUCAUCCUUUUGUUGAUGGCAAUGGACGCACAUCACGCCUGCUCAUGAACCUUGUGCUCAUGCAAGCGAGUUACCCACCGAUUACUAUUCGCAAAGAGCAAAGAGCUGAAUAUUACGCAGCUCUAGACACAGCCAAUGAGGGUGACGUCCGACCCUUCAUUCGUUUUAUAGCCAAAUGUACAGAGAUAACGCUGGACACAUUGUUGAUUUCUACAACAGAGCACACCGUGGGCCUGCCAGGAUCCAGCCAGGACCAGGCCUGCCCCAACUGCAAACAGACCAUCCCAGUCCAUAACUGAGCUGGAGAUGGAAGGUUAAAAGUGAGCAUGAGGCAUAAAUUAAUUUUAAUAUCAGUUCCAUUAUAAUAAAACGUCUUCGAUCAUGUCACUGUUUGGCCAUAUUUAACCUAAUUAUUCCCACGUGGUUUCUAAAUCUGAACUAUAAUUUGGAGGAUGCUUUGUUUUUUUUGGUUUUUUUUGCUUUCAUGAAAAUAAUUUGCCUCUACGGUGAAAAUAAAUUAUUGGCGUAUACUUUGUAACUAUUUUCCAAAGGAGGAUUAAUUUCUAUCAGAGAACAGUGUGAGUACUGCUGGCGUAGAGAACCUAUUGCUUUAUGCUGCCAUCAGACACCCAAAUGAUUUCCACUGGUUGUGUAUGAACAUUUGUCUGAUCAAGAUGUCUGCUAACACUGUAAAGCACUUUAAUGUAUUUAUUUUCUAAUUUUUUAAAUAAAAGUCAUUAACUUAUA